GGGCACUUAGGGCAGGAUGAACGCUGCUUUCCAAGAUGGCGACGGAGGGAGGAGGGAAGGAGAUGAACGAGAUUAAGACCCAAUUCACCACCCGGGAAGGUCUGUACAAGCUGCUGCCGCACUCGGAGUACAGCCGGCCCAACCGGGUGCCCUUCAACUCGCAGGGAUCCAACCCUGUCCGCGUCUCCUUCGUAAACCUCAACGACCAGUCUGGCAACGGCGACCGCCUCUGCUUCAAUGUGGGCCGGGAGCUCUACUUCUAUAUCUACAAGGGGGUCCGCAAGGCUGCUGACCUGAGUAAACCGAUAGAUAAAAGGAUAUACAAAGGAACACAGCCUACUUGUCAUGACUUCAGCCACCUGACAGCCACAGCAGAAAGUGUCUCUCUCCUAGUGGGCUUUUCCGCAGGCCAAGUCCAGCUUAUAGACCCAAUCAAAAAAGAAACUAGCAAACUAUUUAAUGAGGAAAACUCUUGUCAGCACUUGUGGAAGGUGGAUUGGAAUGAAGAAAGAGAGAAUGAAGGUAGCAAGACCAGUGAGGAGGCUCUAGUACCUGUCCAGAGACUAAUAGACAAGUCACGAGUAACCUGUGUCAAAUGGGUUCCUGGUUCGGAAAGCCUUUUCCUAGUAGCCCAUUCAAGUGGGAACAUGUACUUGUAUAAUGUGGAGCACGCUUGUGGCACCACAGCCCCCCACUACCAGCUUCUGAAGCAGGGAGAGAGCUUUGCCGUGCACACUUGCAAGAGCAAAUCCACGAGGAACCCUCUCCUCAAGUGGACGGUGGGCGAGGGGGCCCUCAACGAGUUUGCUUUCUCCCCAGAUGGCAAGUUCUUGGCGUGCGUGAGCCAGGACGGCUUCCUGCGGGUGUUCAACUUUGACUCGGUGGAGCUGCACGGCACCAUGAAAAGCUACUUUGGAGGCUUGCUGUGCGUGUGCUGGAGCCCGGAUGGCAAGUACAUCGUGACGGGCGGAGAGGACGACCUUGUGACCGUCUGGUCCUUUGGAGACUGCCGCGUGAUCGCGCGGGGCCACGGGCACAAAUCCUGGGUCAGCGUGGUGGCGUUUGACCCCUACACCACUAGCGUGGAAGAGAGCGACCCUAUGGAGUUCAGUGGCAGCGAUGAGGACUUCCAGGACCUUCUUCACUUUGGGAGAGACCGAGCAAACAGUACCCAGUCCCGGAUGUCCAAGCGGAACUCGACCGAGAGCCGCCCCGUCAGUGUCACGUAUCGGUUCGGCUCCGUGGGCCAGGACACGCAGCUCUGCUUAUGGGACCUCACGGAAGACAUCCUUUUCCCCCACCAGCCCCUCUCCAGAGCAAGGACGCACACGAACGUCAUGAACGCCACGAGUCCUCCUGCCGGAAGCACUGGCAACAGCGUCACGACCCCCGGCAACUCGGCGCCCCCUCCCCUGCCGCGGUCCAACAGCCUCCCGCACUCCGCCGUCUCCAGCACCGGCAGCAAGGGCAGCAUCGCGGACGGGGCCAUCGCUUCCGGGGUCAGCAAAUUCGCGACGCUCUCACUACACGACCGGAAGGACAGGCACCAUGAGAAAGAUCACAAGCGAAACCAUAGCAUGGGACACAUCUCUAGCAAGAGCAGCGACAAACUGAACCUAGUUACUAAAACCAAAACGGACCCAGCUAAAACUUUGGGGACGCCCCUGUGUCCUCGGAUGGAAGACGUUCCCUUGUUAGAGCCGCUCAUCUGUAAAAAGAUAGCACAUGAAAGACUGACUGUAUUAAUUUUUCUUGAAGACUGUAUAGUCACUGCUUGUCAGGAGGGAUUUAUUUGCACAUGGGGAAGGCCUGGUAAAGUGGUAAGUUUUAAUCCUUAAUGCUGCACCAGAUCUAGAACUUGAAUAGGUAGUGAUUUUUUUCUUGCGGGAGGGGCGGGGUGUACAAUGAAUGUGAAUGACACUUCUUAUUCUUAAUGUAAAUCUAAAUGCAUCAGAGCCAUAAUUUUGGAUACUGCAUGCCAUGUAAUUCUGAAUCAUUUGAUAAUUCACCUUAGAACGUUUAAAAAAUAUAAUCAAACUAAUUGCCAGCCAAGUCAGUCACCCUCCUGGGAGUAUAUAGAGUCCCAAGGUUAGCGUUCCUGUAUUAGACUCUUUCGAUUUUAGGAAAAUCAUGACAGUGUGGGGAAACAAUGACUUUAAAAUGCUAAAAUUAAAAUUUCUGCUUUAACUGGAAUAUUUUUGCUUAACUACUCAAUUAGAAUAUUGUACACCUGAUCAGAGUUGUGUUCAAUACGAACAGCCAUUAAUUGUCAUUUAUAGUCCAACUUUUUAUCUUAAUCAUAAAAUGUUUAGGAAUCUAUGAAAUUUAACUUUAGGAACAAAGCGUUCAGCAGGGUUGAUUGAUAUUAUUUUUACAUUGUUCUGGCAAUCCACAGAAAGAGAAGAGCCUUAAUUUUUAAAACCCAUUUUAGUCAUUUUAUGACAAU